AUGAUCACCGCCGUGGAACCAGCAUCUGCUGCCUCCGGCUCCAUCUUGUACCCCGACGGUGUUGAGAGCUUCAAGGGCAUCCCGUAUGCAGAUCCCCCAACCGGCGACCUGCGCCUUCGGCCGCCGCAGAAGCUCUCUACUCCCCUAGGCACGUUCAACGCCACGGGCCAGGCGAAGCUGUGUCCCCAGGGCCCUAUUAUCAGCUUUCCGACGCAGCAGAGCCCCCCGGAGGCGGCCGUUGUCAAGGAGACCCUGGCAAGAUCGCUCCCCCUCCCGACAGCGGAGGACAACCAGUCGGAAGACUGCCUGACCAUCACCAUCACUCGUCCCGAGGGCACGCAACCGGGCGACGCUCUGCCGGUGCUCUUUUACAUCUUCGGAGGCGGCUUCCUCAUUGGCGGGACGUCGGCUGCCCUGAACGACCCCCUCCAGCUCGUCCAGACGGGCGUCGCCUUCGGCAAGCCCUUCAUCUUCGCGGCGGUCAACUACCGCGUCGGCGGGUGGGGGUUCAUGCCUGGGGAGGAGAUUCUCAAUGAAGGGAGCGCCAACGCCGGCUUGCUUGACCAGCGCAUGGGGCUCGAAUGGGUGGCCGAUAACAUUGAGGCCUUUGGCGGGAACUCGUCCGAGGUGACCAUCUGGGGGCAGUCCGCUGGCUCCAUUUCCGUCUGGGACCAGCUCGUGCUGUAUGAUGGCGAUGCCACAUACAACGACAAGCCUCUGUUCCGCGCCGCCAUCAUGAACUCGGGCUCCGUGACGCCCGUCGAUCCGGUCGACUCGGAAAAGGGCAAGGCGGUGUAUCAGCAUGUCGUCGAGAAGGCUGGAUGCGACGGCAGCGACGACACCCUGGGUUGUCUCCGGAACUUGACCAACGACGAUUUCGCCGCAGCAGCGAAUUCGGUCCCUGGCCUGAUCUCGUACGAGUCCCUUGCUCUUUCGUACCUCCCCAGGCCGGAUGGCAAGGUGUUGACGGCGAGCCCUCACGUCCUCGCCCGGGAGGGCAAGUUCCACGCCGUGCCCAUGAUCUUUGGGUCCCAGGAAGACGAGGGAACCAUCUUCAGCUGGGCCCAGGUCUUCACGCAGAGCAUGGGGUCCACGGACAACAUCACCGACUACCUCUCCAGCCUGUACUUCCACAACGCCGAGCGCAGCCUCGUCAAGGAGUUCGUCGAGACGUACAGCGAGCUCGUCGAGGACGGAAGCCCGUACCGCAGGGGUGAGUACGUGCCCUGGAUCGCCUACCCGGGCAAGAAGAGGCUCGCUUCCAUCCUGGGCGACAUCGUCUUCACCCUCGUCCGGCGAUUGACGCUGGAGAACGUCGUCGCCAACCGUCCUGACCUGCCGGUCUGGUCGUCGUUGGCGUCGUACAACUGGCCGUACGGCAUCUUUGGCACGCAGCACGGAUCGGACACGGCCGUCUUCUUCGGCAGGAAUAACACGUAUUUCCCCACGCUCUCCGGUCGGACGUAUUACAUCAACUUUGUGCACGAUUUGGAUCCCAAUGUCGGGCUGCUUGUGGGUUACCAAUGGCCCAAGUGGACCGAGAACAAUGAGCUCUUGUGGUAUAAUGAGAUCGUGAAUUGGCAUUUGAAGGAUGAUUUCAGGAGCGAGAGUUAUGACUUCAUCAAGGAGCACAUUGAUUCACUCACAUUCUAG